AUGACCAACAAACUACAUGAGUUUACUUGCAUAAGAAAAGCACUUUUCUUGGAAGUUGGCCUUGGAAUCUCAGCCAAUGCCAUUCUUCUUCUCUUCCACAUCUUCAAAUUCUUUCUUCAGCACAGGCUCAAACCCACUGACCUGAUCAUCUGUCUCUUAACCCUAAUCCACUUAGGGAUGCUGAUAAUUUUGGGAUACAUGGGUACAAAUGUUUUUGUGUCUCAGGAAUUCUGGAAUGACAUCAAAUGUAAAUCAUUUAUCUACUUGUACAGGUUUUUAAGGGGUUUUUCCAUUUGUGCCUCUUGCCUGCUGAGUGUCCUCCAGGCCAUUUCCCUCAGUCCCAGAAGCUCCUUCUUGGCAAAGUUCAAAUACAAAUCCCCAUAUCAGAACCUGUGUUCCCUCAUUUUUCUGUGGAUCCUCUACAUGUCCUUGAGUGCUCCCUUCUCAUACUCCUCUACUGCCAUCCUUAAUAUGACCUCACAUGGUCUUAUAUGUAAUACUGAAUCCUGUAUGACAUUUCCAAUGAGUUACUUUAUAAGACAUUUAUUUUCUGUAUUAGGUGUAUUUCGGGAUGUCAUUCUGAUAGGACUCAUGGCCCUCUCAAGUGGGUACAUGGUGGCUCUAUUGUGCAGGCAUCAAAGGCACUUACAGCACCUUCAGAGUACCAACCUGUCUCUGAAAGCAUCCCCUGUACAGAGGGCCACCUGGACCAUCCUUCUGCUAAUGAGUUUCUUUAUGCUCAUGUACUGUUUGGACUGUUUCUUUUCCUCAUCAAGAACUAUGUGGAGCAAUGACCCAAUUUGUCAUUAUAUCCAGAUGAUUGUGGCCAACAGCUAUGCCAUGACCUGUCCUUUGCUGCUAAUCUUUAAUGAAAAACAAAUUAUUAACUUCUUGAAUCUUUUUUUGGGAAGAUAG